AUGGCUCAUACCACUAGUGAGUUAACAGGAAUACAACAUUUUUUGGAGGAACUUGGGUUGACAGUCAAAUCCCCUAUUCCAUUGUUCUGUGAUAAUCAAGCAGCCAUUCACAUUGCAUCUAAUCUUGUGUUCCAUGAGAGGACCAAGCAUAUUGAAGUUGAUUGUCACUUCAUUCGAGAGAAGAUACUGAUUGGGAAUAUCACUACUCCAUUUGUGAAGUCUGAAGACCAACUAGCUGAUAUGUUUAAUAAAGCUCUAGGUCAUCACAGUUCAACCAUUGAGGGUCAAGAUGAUUCAGAUAAUAUUCUAUUUGAAGACAAUAUUCCUCGUCAUCGUAAAUCCACAUCCUCUAAUUGUCGUGCAAAAAAGGAGACUAAAAAAGAUUCCAUUAGUGAUACUCUUGCUUGCAUUGUCGAGGCUUUUAAAGCAAGGACCGAAGCUUCCAAAGCAAGGAUUGAAGCUCUAUUAACUAUGGUGGAGAGGUAUAAGAAAAUGAAACAUACUCAAGAGACAACUAGCCCAUCACAUGAUUCAUAUUCUCUAAGUAAUUGUAUUGAAUGCCUUGAAGGUCUUGAUGAGAUAGAUGACGACACAUAUUUGAAGGCAACCGAAAAGUUUAAGGAAUUGCACCAUAGAGAAUUGUUCAUUAAGAUGAGUAUUUCCAAGAAGUUUGCUUAG